GCGCAUGAGUACAGCCAUUGUUGAUGACGUCGUUAGCCAAGGACUCUGGUUUUAUUUUACCUGUUCGGCUUUGAACUUACUGCCUGUUUUUUAGUCAGCAAGUUAGUUUGCUGUGGACGGUCCCGUAGUGACUUUGUUAUUCCAACAUGCUACAGUUCCUGGCUGGCUUCACUCUGGGGAAUAUUGUGGGGAUGUACCUCGCUCAAAACUAUGAAGUCCCCAACAUAGCCAAGAAAAUCGAAGCUUUUAAGAAAGAUGUGGAGGCCAAGAAGAAGCCCCCAGAGUGAGAAAAGCAGGACCAUGUUGCAAUCAAGAACAGACUAACUCUUCAGAGAAACUAUUUAUUUAACAGGGUUAUGGUACAUUUGAUAAAAUGACUGACAAUGUAAAAUAUAUAUGAGAAUAUAAACAGUGCCUGGAACAGUAUUUGUUUCUUCCAUUUGUAGUAUAGGCAUGUUCUCAUUAUUGCCUAUUUUUGUAAGUUAAAUUGUGCAAGGACUGGAUUUAAAGAACAUCAUAACAUAUUAGAGGGAACACUUUAUUUCCAGUAUCAUGGCACUACUGACUGGCCUUUUUUCUAUGAUGCACUAUGGUGUUUUAACUUAGAUAUGAUGUUUCAUUCUCUCCACAUUAGGUGGACAUAAUGUUCUUUAAAAUGGAUAUUAAUAGAAUAUUCAUUUGCUCUUGUGUUGUAUUUCAUUAAGUUUAAAGAGAUUCAUUUACAGGCUUCUGAAUUGUCAACAACAGCUGCCAAGUUUUUCACAUUAGUGCAAGCACAAUUCAGAA